UUGACCUGAGUCCACCACACCCACAACCAGCAUCAGGGUCAACAUUCAGAGGGUGGCAUUAUCCCUUAUUUCACAACCAAAGACGGGUGCACUGCAGAGACUGAAGUCUUUUUCUGAGUUUGUGUCUUUUGAGACAUCUUGUUUUGUCAGAGGCCUGGCAAGACAAAAACUUUUAUAUCACAAGAGAACUGAGGACAAUCUAUCGGGUGUUAAAUACCCUCGACGGAUGAAUUUUGUUUUGCGAUAUCAUAGAAAAAACUCUUUUCACGUUAAGCUUUUGGAUAUUUAAGAAUGAAUUUUGUAAUGGCUAUAGGUCCUUUUGUGUUUUGGACUUUGCUUUUUUCACUGGUUGAAGCCAAGUUCUACAGACCUUUUCAGUAUCACCAGUAUACAGCUGGCAUCAGUCAACACCAUGACCAAGGGAAACCCACCAGCAGACACAAGAACCACUGUGCCUACGUCGUUGAAAAGACAGUGUCCUUCAGCAUGCAGGACGGUGCCGCUCCUUAUGUAAAAGCAGAGUACAACAAAUGUUCCUGGGGUCAAAAAUGUCCAACACUCCUGUAUCGCCUGCUUUACAAGCCAAUCUACAAGGUGGCACAUAAAACCGUCACUGAGUUGGAAUGGCGUUGUUGUCCUGGGUUCUCUGGUUAUGGCUGUAUGGAGGGACACCCUGUUUACCAACACCCUAUGAAAAUGAUGCCACCAUUCAAGGGCCCGCCAAUGAAGGGCCCACAGUUUAAGGGCCCACCUUUCAAAGGUCCUCAGUACCAAGCUCCCAUGUUAAAGGGGCCAAUAUUCAAGGGCCCACCUUCUAUGAAAGCUAACCCAUGGAGUCAGCCCAAAGGACCUCACAUCAGCAGUUUCAACUCCUACCCAAUGCGGCACUUUGGGCCUCCGAGGACCUCCUCCUACCCUGACUCCACAUUCGAGUCUUAUCCAUCCGAGCCAGAGCCAAUGCCAGAGCAUGAGGAGCCUCAUCACCCAGAGGACAACCAAGAACAUGAACAUGAACCUGAGCACAGCCAAGGAGCUGAGGAAAUUAUUCCAGAUGAAAUUCCUGCUGUUCCCUCUGGUGGUGAACAGCCAGAAGGAGAGCCUAUUGGUCAAGUCCCUGACAGCGAGACAGAGGAGCGAAUAUAUCGAAUGGAGGAGGAUGUGCGGCGUCUCAACCUGGGUCUGGAGACCCUGAGAGGAACCGUGAAUGGACUGGAGGAUAGUCUACGAGCCUCAUUAAGAGAAGAUGCCAACAGGAUGCUCUCAGCUCUGCUCUCUGCUGCUCCUGGUCCAAUUCCUGCACCAGCUCUAGCCUCUAAUCCCUCCACUGUAGGAUUUGUAGAAAUUCCAGGGGGAGACCCUGAGACAGAAGGCAUAGAUGGCAGACAUGUGUUUCCCGGUAUUACAGAACUGAAUGGGAGGGUAGAGGAGCUCAGAACAGAGCUGCUAGCCAAGAGCACAGAGCUUCAGGAACUAAAAGCAAGAGUGAUGGGACAUGAAGGAGCACUAAAGAAGAUUUCUGCAUCAGACUCCACUGACCAUCUUGGGGGAACUAUGGAGAAGAUUAUGGAUGCCAAACUAAGUGCAGCCAGGACAGAAAUCCUAGGUGGUUUUGAGAAGCGGGUAGAGAGUGCAGAGAGCCGAUGUGAAGAGAAAACUGGGGAUGUGCGCCGUCAGUGCCAGAAAGAGCAAGGUGAGCGGCAGGAACAGAUGGAAGACGCCCUGCAAGAAAGUACCAUAAACCUGAGGACAGGGCUGAGAAACAUCCAGGCACAGAUACAUGGUUUAAAGGCUUCAGAAAGCUGCUGUAGUAGAAUGAGCGGGCUGGUUGAAAGGGUACAGCUGCUGGAAACAUCAGUAGCCAGCCUCAACCAGUCCCAGGGGCACUUGAGAGUAGAGCUGGGUGGACACAAGGACCACAUAGAGGGAAUGCUGGAAGGGCGUCUGGUGUAUGUAGAGUCCAAGCUCAACGUGACGGGGCAGAUUAAAAAUGAUGACUCUGGAAGGAGGGGUGGCAUCCUAGACAGAGCUGCAACAGGACAGGCCUUGGAGGCCAGAUUGGAGGGUAAACUGAGUGCUCUUGAGGGCCGUUUACUGACAGCUUUGGAGGAGCUGGGUAAUGCCACUGCCCCCGCACUGCUGGAGGGUCAUGCUGUUCCCACUUUGGAGACAGAGCUGGAGUCUCUCCGGGGAAGACUAGAGGUGGAUGUGGACAGAGUGCAAAAGCACCUCAACAACCUUGAGAUCCUGUGCUCCACUUCCUGUUCCUCACAACAAAAAUCUGCCAUUCAGGGAGACUCUGCUGCGUCAAGUAAAAACUUGGCAGAGGACCAGAAAGCAAAGGAGGUCCUGGACUUGCAAGGUGACCGUUUGAAUAGCCUCAAUGUUACACUACAGAGCAUCCUUAAGCAUCUCACCAUCAAGGACCAGCAACAACAAACAGAGGAAGAUGCUCCUGUCCAGGGAGAACUAACAAUCCUCAAGUUCAAUGUUCGCUCAGUUAACCACACACUGAGAGGCCUCCAGGAUUCACUGGGGACAGUCGUCCACCAGGUGGUUCAAGCCAACAGUUCCUGGCACGAGAGAGAGGCUCGCCUGGCGCAACAAAUAAAGGGUGUGGUCCAGCUGGUUGGACACCAGGCUUCCAUGCUUGGUGCUGGUGAGCGCAGACUGGCCAGAGUUAAGGGUGAGCUGCAGGAGAUGAAGAGGCGGCUAGCUGAGGAGGUCCGGGGAUGCCGGAGCACAGCUAUGGUGGUCCAGAAAGAGGUAACUGAGGUUGGAGGGCGUGUUGCCAGUGUGGAGGACCAGUGUAAGGGCCUGAAUUACUUGGCUGACGACUUGGAGAGAAUCAGGGAGGAGCUGGAAAAACAAUCAAAUGGUCUUCUCCUGCAGGUCAAUGGGACUCUCUCUAGCCAUGCUCAGCAGCUGUCGGAGUUGAAAGGUGAACUGAGAAACUGCACGUCUAAGGUAGAGCCAACACAACCGAGUGUAGAGAUAAAGUCUGAGGUGGGACGAGGGGACACGUUCACUUUCAAUUAGUACAGUUCACACUGACAUUUUAAAAGGGUAAAUGUUAUGCAUGUGUUGUGGGGUUCCAAUCAAUCCCCCGGUCAUUAUUUGAAUCAUAAAAUGAAAAGGUUUUGAACCUGCACUGAAAUAAGAAUGGUUUAGUUAUUUUUUAUUAUUAAAUUAAAACAAGUAAGGCAGCUAAUUCUGACUGCACUCAUAACAGAAUCUUGAAAUUGAAUCAUGAAGGUGCUAAGACGACUAUUUGUUGUCACUGCCAUCAUUUAGAGCCCCAGUGAUCAAUAAACAGCUGUUCCUGUGUUUUUUUUCUGUAAAACCUACUAAAUGUAUUUUUUUUAUAUUGAAUUGUCUUAUGUUUAUGUCUAGACUAGAAGUUCCUAAAAUGUUUUAGAUGUCUCCAGCUUUUGAGUAUUUGUCUCUAUUUUAAUUGUAAUCCUGCAUAUAAUGUUGGCAUUUCGAGCUAUGUACAGUUUAAUUUGAUUUUUUUUUCCCAAUUCUGACAAAACAAUAAACAGGUUUCUUAAGA